GCCGAUCGCGGCAUCAGUCCAUCGAUAGAGCGAUCGAUCCGUCCUCUGUUCGCGCCUUCAGUUAUCCCUUCAAGUCGAACCACCCACACGAGAACAUUGAACGAUGCAGGCACUACAAGACCCUCAAGAAAAUUCGCCUGAACGGCCAGGAACUCCUCCGCGCCCUCCAUAUUCCCCGGUGACACCGACCUUUGCGCAUCUCGCACCUGUCAUCCCUCCUGCGGCAAACGGACUUUCGCACCCCAUCAUUCCUCCCCCAGCAUCGCCGUCUCCCACCACCAAAACGCCGCCAUACGGUGGCUUGACACCAAACUUUGCUCCUCGCCCACCGCCUCAGAGUGCCCCAAUCUUUGCCACGGAACCGGCGCCCGUGCCUAUUUCCGAGAGCGACAACCCAGAUGCCAUCGCGCUACGGUCGGCCAUCUCGAUCCUCCAGCUCCAGAAGCAGCAGAGUCUGCGAGACAUUCGGACCUUGGAUCAUAUGAAACGGGCUGCAGCGGCGGACCCGGAAGGCUUCGCGCGCGAAUUGGCUGCGGGGAACCUCACGGCGAAAGAUAAGGGCGGCUUUAUCGAGUUCAAUCAUGAGACAGCGAGUCUCGGCGACAAUGAGGAUGACGAUGGAGCGAUGGAGAUGGAUCCGGAGACGACCAAAGGAUCUGCAUUCGGAACAAUCCCACCUCCACAGAACGUGAUCCGGAUGCCUCCUAUCAACUGGGCCAAGUAUCAAAUCGUGGGCGAAUCCUUAGAUAAAAUGCAUGAGGAACAACAGCGUCGGCCAUCUGCGGGAGAGCCGCGCAGGGAUGACAGCGCUCAGCGGGCUCCAGAGUAUCUUCUGGCAUCGCCCUACCGACCGUUAACGGACAAGCUGGACAGCCCUAGCAAGGCCAAGGGGACUGGCAGCAAAAGCAAGAAGUCUUGAUCCCAGCCAUGGCUUACGACCAGUAUGCUGAUUCAUGAUUGGACAAGCCAGUGGCAGCAUUAGCAUUCCUAUCAUACACUAAGAAACAA